AUGGGCCUGGAGGAUGGGCGGUCCGCGAGCGCGGCGGCGUCGCGGCCUCACCGCAGCCGCAAUCCGUCCGGCGAGCUGCCUGCGCCGGCCGCUCCCGCGGGGCCAUCGUCGAGCAACGGCGGCGCAGCGCUCGCCGCGGGGGGCGCCGCAUCAUCGUCGUACGAGCGCAUCGGGCUCAAAUUCCGCGGGCUGAACGACGAUGCGCACCGCUGCAACGCGGAGGCGCGCGAGGCGAUCGGCGUGCUCGCCGACAUGUUUGACCCGCUGGGACCGCUCGAAUUGCGCGUCGCGGAGAGCGAGGCGGACGAGCUGGAGGCGCUCAAGCUCUAUCGCGACAUGAACCACCUCUCGCUCGCGGGCGGCAUUACGUGCGAGCAGGUGAUCCGGCACGUCGAGUCCACCACGGUGGUGCUCUACUACAAGCACCCAGAGGCGGACGCGCCCAUCUGCGUGACCGCCGCUACUUUCUCGCUGCGCCCGCCGUCGACAAUGAUGUUGCGGCUGCUCGCGACUCACCCGCGCAUGACACGCAAGGGCUUCGCGCGCCUGACGGUGCACUUCCUCAAGGAGCUCUGCCGCGCGCUGGGCAAGACGCAGAUUCUCGUCUACACACACGACUUUGGCGAGAGCAUAGAGGCGUGGCGCGAGGCCGUCUCCCCCGUCUACCAGACGUCUGACGCCAGCUCCGCUUCGGGGCCCACCUCGCCGCGCCAGGGGGGUGGCCGGGGUGGCGAGGGAGAGCGCGAUGGCGACGCGCCACCGCCGCGGCGGAGGCGGCUUUCGCGCGCCGAGUAUGAGGUGGAGGACAUCCUCGGUGUGCGGUCGCACGACGGGGAGGUUCAGUACCUAAUCAAGUGGAAGGGGUGCGCAGCGGCCGGCGCGGCGUCGCGGCCGCGCAGCAACCUCAACAAUCUGCACGAGGAGAUCGAGGCGUUUGAGCGCUCCCUCAGCGACUCGCGCGCGCUCAAUGGAUGA